AACAAACAACCAAACAACCAUCAAAACAGUCAUCACCACCAUCAUCAAAACUGUUAACAUAGCAGCGGUGGCGGCGGCAAACGUCACCCUCCGGCCACGGCGUCCGCCUAAAGGGAUGGUUUUCUCUGCGGAGCAGCUCUUUGCCGACCACCUUCUUCACUCGUGCUGAGCAGGAUUUUUGGGCUCUCCGGGGUUCGGGCUGGGAGCAGCUUCAUGACUACGCGGAGCGGGAGAGCGGCCACACCAUGCGAGCACAAAUCGAAGUGAUACCAUGCAAAAUUUGUGGCGAUAAGUCCUCCGGGAUCCACUACGGAGUCAUCACUUGUGAAGGCUGCAAGGGAUUCUUUAGGAGGAGCCAGCAAAACAAUGCCUCUUACUCCUGCCCAAGGCAGAGAAACUGUUUAAUCGACAGAACCAACAGAAACCGUUGCCAACACUGCCGGCUGCAGAAGUGUCUUGCCCUAGGGAUGUCAAGAGACGCUGUGAAGUUCGGGAGGAUGUCCAAGAAGCAGAGGGACAGCCUGUACGCCGAGGUGCAGAAGCACCAGCAGCGGCUGCAGGAGCAGCGGCAGCAGCAGAGCGGGGAGGCGGAGGCCCUGGCCCGGGUCUACAGUGGCAGUAUCAGCAACGGCCUGGGCGGCCUGGGCAGCGAGGCCGGCGGCACCUACGCCAAUGGACACGUCAUCGACCUGCCCAAGUCCGAGGGGUAUUACAACGUGGAUUCCGGCCAGCCGUCCCCGGAUCAGUCCGGACUUGACAUGACUGGAAUCAAACAGAUAAAGCAAGAACCUAUCUAUGACCUCACGUCCGUACCCAACUUGUUUACCUAUAGCUCUUUCAACAACGGGCAGCUAGCACCCGGGAUAACGAUGACUGAAAUCGAUCGAAUUGCACAGAACAUCAUUAAGUCCCAUCUGGAGACAUGUCAGUACACCAUGGAGGAACUGCACCAGCUGGCAUGGCAGACCCACUCCUACGAGGAAAUUAAAGCCUAUCAGAGCAAGUCCAGGGAAGCACUGUGGCAGCAAUGCGCCAUCCAGAUCACUCACGCCAUCCAGUACGUGGUAGAGUUUGCAAAGCGGAUAACAGGCUUCAUGGAGCUCUGCCAAAAUGAUCAAAUUCUACUUCUGAAGUCAGGUUGCUUGGAAGUGGUGUUAGUGAGAAUGUGCCGUGCCUUCAACCCAUUAAACAACACUGUUCUGUUUGAAGGAAAAUAUGGAGGAAUGCAGAUGUUCAAGGCCUUAGGUUCUGAUGACCUAGUGAAUGAAGCAUUUGACUUUGCAAAGAAUUUGUGUUCCUUGCAGCUGACUGAGGAGGAGAUUGCUUUGUUCUCAUCUGCUGUUCUGAUAUCUCCAGACCGAGCCUGGCUGAUAGAACCAAGGAAGGUCCAGAAGCUUCAGGAAAAGAUUUAUUUUGCACUUCAACAUGUGAUUCAGAAGAAUCACCUGGAUGAUGAGACCUUGGCCAAGUUAAUAGCCAAGAUACCAACCAUCACAGCGGUCUGCAACUUGCACGGGGAGAAGCUGCAGGUAUUUAAACAAUCACAUCCAGACAUAGUGAAUACCCUCUUUCCUCCAUUGUACAAGGAGCUCUUUAAUCCUGACUGUGCCACCGUCUGCAAAUGAAGGCACCAAGAGAGAACUGUCUCCUAGUCGUGGAAUGCGUCACCAUUAAGACAAAAGCAAUGUGUUCAUGAAGACUUAAGAAAAAUGUCACUACUGCAACAUUAGGAAUGUCCUGCACUUAAUAGAAUUAUUUUUCUUCACCGCUACAGUUUGAAGAAUGUAAAUAUGCACCUGAGUGGGGCUCUUUUAUUUGUUUGUUUUUGAAAUGACCAUAAAUAUACAA